AUGGCAUUUCCCGGCAUGUCAGCUCCAGGCUUGGGCGGCCAAGGUGUUGGUCUGGAUGAGCAGAAGUUGAAGGAGCAGCAGAUGAUCAAAUUUAUGCAACAAGCCAUGGAGUCAUGUCCCGCAAAGACUGCAAUGUCGGGUGUCAUGGGUUUUGGUCUGGGUGGUCUGUUCGGUCUCUUCAUGUCGAGUGUAAGGCUUCUCUGCAUCUACUCNAUGCGAUACGAUGCCCCCAUGACGGCCGGCGCAGACGCAAUCACAAAACUUCCCGUCAAGGAUCAGCUACGACAAGGAUUCAAAGAGAUGGGCAAGGCGAGUUGGAGCAGCGCAAAGAACUUUGGUCUCGUCGGUAGCAUUUUCGCUGGAACCGAGUGCUGCAUCGAGGGUUUCCGCGCAAAGAAUGACUUGUACAAUGGCGUAGCAGCUGGCUGCAUCACAGGUGGUGCCCUCGCUGCCAAAGCCGGUCCGCAGGCCGCUGCUCUGGGUUGCGCUGGUUUCGCUGGCUUCAGUGCCGCUAUCGAUUAUUACAUGCGCAUGCCGAACGACGACACGGCCGCCGACCCGAUCGCUUAG